AUGGCCGUUUUAUCUGCCGUGAGCUCCAGUGUCAAGCACGGAUAUUUUAUAUUCGGGGAACAAGAGGUGACCUUCAAGGACGUCACCCCUAGAGAAGACAUGAUUCUCAUAGUACGUUUCUAUCACUGGCCUGGGGGAAGCACCGCGUCGUCUCCUUGGCACCACCGGAGGAAUCUGGAGCCUUUACUGGCCAGCGAGGAAUGGGCAGCCGCAUGGACUGUACUGAGGCUCACAAAGCCGGCUUCUUCUAAGGCCAGAACAGGUCCAUCAGAUCCUGAAAGCAGUUCUCUGGAAUGGAACGCGGGGACACACGACCUGGCCCUGUACCACUGCCCUGCCCCACCGGUUCAAAACCUCCACGCCAUACUGCCGGAACAUUACGAGAAGAUGUUCGAACAAUAUGGCGGUGCCAGGAUAAGACUUUGCGUGUUCGGUGGAUCCAGGCCAGAGUUCCCUUUCCCUCCGGAGUCUCCAACAACCGAAGCACAGACCCAAGAGGCUCCAGAGGCAGCGUACAUCCCUCUCUCCCGGGCCGUGCCGGUUUCCGAGCCAUACUCUUCUAAGGACGCCAUUGACCUCUACAUCGACGGAGCUCGAUUCCUGCCUGACGCGGUCACCGUCACUCAAGUCACCGGAAGGAUAUUUGAUAAGAACUUUGAGCAGUUUGGACCUGACAUCUCAUGUGACGCUGACUUGGACAGCGACAUCUUCCACCCUUUCUAUAACUACUUACUCCAGAUCCGCUCACUGAACUUGCCACCUACAGCCACCCUGUUACUAAAGGUUUAUACUAUCGAUAGGUUUACUAAAGGACUGUCUCUGAUUGGAUGGGCAGCUCUCAAUCUCUUUGUGGAGUCUGGAUCCCAAAAAGCACCCACGUCAAACUCAGAAGAGGUUAAGAUCUCGUUAAACAAAGGCGCUCACCAAAUCCGCGUUUACCGAAAACCCCCGCCUACCGACCGGCCCUUCUCAGCGGCAUCCUUGGCAUCCUCUGGACGGAUUGUGCCAUGUGCCACGUUACUGGUACGCGUGAUGAGGGCGUCCGACGGGAAUAACCAGCAGCCUGCACAGAAGGGUGAAAAUAUUCCGCAAACGAUACCCCGUCCAGAAUACUCUCACAGGGUUUAUUUCUCGGACUCUGCUCAGCCCACUAAAGGAGAAAUCGAGCUCUACCGAUCGAUGAUAAACAGGUCGGCGGUUACGGUGGAAGACGUGAUCCUUCUACUCGCUGGAAGCUCCCGCGGUGGAUUGAUGUCAAACAGAGAGCUCUCUCAAUGGGCUCAGAAGAUAUUUGCUCAGAAGAAAGAUCAGAUGCCACCUCCAUUCAUGCUCUGUUGUGUCUCCCGUUAUCGCCUGAUGUCUGGAGUGAAGGUUUCAGUAGACAGAGCCCAGAAUUUGCCCUGGUCUGGUUUAACUUUGGGUCACGUUUGUCUUAACCCUCCCGGUGCCUUUUACUUUGGACAUCCAUGGGUGAAGUACGACCGCCCCGUCCCGGUGGAGAACAUCGAUCUAAACAGCAAUCAGAACUGUCCCGCGUGGAACGAUGGCUUCAAGACCUUUACGUGGAGAAUGUUUAAUGAGCAUUUGACGGUCAUUUUCCAACUGCAUGAGAUUCUGCUGCAAAAAGAGAAAGAAAAUACGAGAUCGGGCCCCGAACCCACAAAGCAGGUAGAAGGAGCUUCAGUUCUAGCGCAGGGGGCCCAGGCAUGGACGGCCCUGCGAGUAUUUUACAAACAUUACUGUAACACGGGGGCUUAUCGGCUUCCCCUCUACCACGGAGCGCCAAGUCCGGAAGCGUUACGAGCACUGGGUACAGAAGAUUGUCGCGUGGCAUUAAAGAAUAUGGAGCAGAAACAAGCGGUGAGAAAUUAUUCCCCCCCAGCAGAACAAGACCCCCGUACACAUACCUGCAAAAGGUGA